UUUCCGCGUCCAAGACCUGACUGUGUGCUGAGCUGGUGAGUUUUCUGCCUCCUUCGGAGAAGCAGCUGUCAUGGCGCCUAAAGGAAAGGUGGGAACUAAAGGUAAAAAGCAGAUAUUUGAAGAAAAUAAGGAUACUCUCAAGUUCUAUUUGCAAAUCAUCUUGGGAGCUAACGCCAUUUAUGGAAUUGUAAACCUUGUAAUAUUCUAUACUGCAGCCACUAUCUGGACUUGGAUUGCGUUUGUGUUCAGCUUGAUGGUUUAUGGUGCCAGUUACCGCUCCAUGAACUCUAUGGCGAAGCCUUCUUUUGCAGAAGAUGGCAGUCUUGCGGAUGGAGGAAUUGAUCUGAAUAUGGAACAGGGGAUGGCAGAGCAUCUGAAGGAUGUGAUCUUGCUUACAGCCAUAGUUCAAGUCCUCAGCUGUUUUUCCCUCUAUAUAUGGUACUUCUGGCUCUUGGCUCCUGGGCGGGCACUUUAUCUCCUGUGGGUUAACAUCUUGGGACCCUGGCUCACUGCUGAUUCUUCAACUCCUAACCAGGAGCCCAAUGAGAAGAAGCAGCGCCGCCAAGAACGCCGUCAGAUGAAACGUUUCUAGCAGCAGUUGUGGAAUAGCAAUCCUGCCACAUUUUGUUUCCAUGUGGUUGUUUAUCAGGGAUCUGAUUUUUUUUUUACACGAAUUAAACGUCAGGGCCUUUUUCUCUCUUCA